AUGAAUAACCUAUUAUGUUCCGCUCUGUUGAUUUCAGUUGUAUUGAUUCUUACAGACGCUGUGAUUAUUCCGGAUUGUAAAAAUGGUAGAAUAUUGACGGCAGAAAAUGGAACAUUAAAAUGUAACUGUCCACCAAACACAUUCGGUGACGAUUGCAAUUGUCGAUACAAGUUUUCAAAUGUACAAUAUUUGGAGCCCGAUCCCUACGCAAAAAGAACUGUGUCUGAUUCAGCGGAAUGUGAUGAAUACUGUGCUAACGAUACCAGAUGUUCCACUUCUGCCAUGAGUCAUAGUUAUAGUGGUAAAACAUGUCAACUUUACGAAACACCAGUCAUCUUCGUGUCGUAUGAAGAAAACCCAAUGUUUUGA